AUGGCAGCCAGUACUAGACACAUAACAUCAUCUACUUUAACUGCAGUCGAAACUGAACUAAUCAAUCGUGUCCAUUCACAUUUUCCAAAUAAUGAACCAAAUAGAUUCCAUUAUUUCUAUCAAACAGCUUCUCCAUUUAGUAAUUUUCAUCCAUGUACUUUCUCAGAAAAUGAAGUUCAAUUUCAUUGUAGUGAACAAUAUAUGAUGUAUCAUAAAGCGAAAUUAUUUGGUGACAGUGAAACAGCUGAAGCAAUUCUUGAAGCUAAAAGUCCAGCUGAUUGUAAAGCUUUAGGAAGAAUUGUAAGAAAUUUUGAUGAACAAUUAUGGAUGGAUAAUCGAACACCUAUUGUUUCGAAUGCACUUCAAUUAAAGUUUAAUCAAGAUACUAAAAUGAAACAAGCAAUUUUAGAACAAGAUGGUAAUUUAUUAGUUGAAGCAUCGCCAAAUGAUGGUAUAUGGGGAGUGGGUUUAAAGAAAACAGAUCCUUUAAUUAAGAAACGAUCGAAUUGGCAAGGACUUAAUCUAUUAGGUUAUAUAUUAACUGAUGUAUUACAAACUAUGAAGAAAUAA